ACAGAAAUAAUGUCUACACCAUUUAAUGAUGAUGUUGACAAUACAUCAAUUCUUGAUCAACCAAUACUGAGGAGAAGAAUAAGCACAAGUACUACAUCUACAUCAUCGUCAACUACAGAUACAUCAUUGUCGUCAUCGUCAUCAUCUACAUCAUCAUCUCAAGACAGACCAAUGAGUGAUGAUGGAAUGUUUGAAUGUAAUAUAUGCUUUGAUAAUGUCUCUGAACCAGUUGUCACUCAAUGUGGACAUCUAUUCUGCUGGUCAUGUAUAUUCCAAUGGCUACAACAUAACCCAAGUCAACAAUGUCCAGUGUGCAAGGCACCAGUGACAGAGGAGAAGCUGAUACCAAUAUAUGGACGAGGUAGUAAUAAGACAGAUCCUCGAAAGAAUAGAACUAUUCCACAACGUCCACCUGGACGACCUGAACAGGCUCGACCCAAUGCUAACGGACGGGCUCCACCAUACUUCCAAGAUAUAUUUGGAACCAACCAAUGGAACACUCAACUUGGAGGCGUGUCCUUCUCUGCAGGUUUUGGUUUCUUCCCUGGUCUAUUUGGUCUUCACUUUUAUGUAAGUUGGAGGUCUCUCCUUCGCUCUUAUUCAUUCACUCAUUCAUUCAUUCACUCAUUAAUGUAG